GUCCUCCUCCUCCUUAUCCGCGCGCCCUGGGCGGAGCACGCCGAGGACGCGCGGGCAAGGCACACUGGCGCGGGCGGGGCGGAGUCCUCGAGACAUUGUCGGGACGCCAUCGGAGGCUCGGAGAAUGCCACUCGGCCCGCCACCACAAAAAAAAGCGUUCGGUUCGGCGUAGUCCCCACCCGACAGGCUUGGGCCCCGGACGUCAAGCCUCAACGGAACCACCAUCAACGAGAUCGGGGCCCCACUUCCCCCAAUGGAGGCGACUCCCGACCUUCGUGUCUCGUGCCGAUAUCGGCUUCGUACGCCUCCGACGCUCCACAUUAGGAUUAAAAGUUGCGCCGCCGCCGCAGCGCUGCAGACACCGUGCAGAGGGGGAACCGAAUCCAGGCACCCGGGCGCCGCGAGGAAGGGGAAAAACAAAAUUUGUUCGAGCCCUGUCGGCUCCGACUCCCUCGCGGCGCCGGAUGCCCAAACCGCCGGCAGCGGGGCCCAGAAUGCUCCCGCGCCAGCGCGCCCCCCGUCACGGGCUUGCGACCGUUCGACGUUAGCGGAGGAGUCGAAUGCUCCUCAUGUUCCUCCGCCUUUUUGUUGCCAUUCCCUGAAUGCCUCAGCACAGUGCGAUUAGGGCCAGCACUGCGAGACGCCUCUGCAGGCCUGAGAAGUGGUGAGCGCAGACCGACAACACCCCCCGCGAGCGGACUCGCGCAACUGGGCCGCUCGAUAAGCCACGGGAACGCAGACGACCGCGAGAAGCAACACCGGCACAGAGGCCAGCAGACGGAUGGAAGAGGAGCAGGAAGAGGCGGAGGAGCAGGAGGAGGAGGAGGCGGAGGAGAGGGAGGAGAGGGAGGCUGAGGAGGAGAGCCCAGGCGGCGAAGCAGAACGUGGCCCAGAACGCGAGAGGCAACAGAGCGACGCUGAGAUCACGUGAGCUUCGGACUACAGGUCACGGCGCGAGACUAGAGUCACCAUAUCAAAGCAGCUAACGACAGCAGGCACAAUCGACUGGGGAUCCUCCUACUCAUCCUCUCCCCCUCCUCCUUAUUUGCCUGGCCAAGAUUGGCGUCGGAGCAUCGGCCGGCGCAACAUGCGCGACGAGCGAGGCCAGGCAGGGCUCGCCCAAGCCAGUGGGCAACCCCGUGGCAGCCCUGCGGCGCAAACGCCAAGGGAGCUGCGCAUCGACCCGAUGGCCACGCGCGGCGAGCCGGAACUCGACCCCCGGAAUCGGCAGCGCGCCCCGGGGGGGAAGCGAACAAAAAGAAAGGAACAAAAAAGUCUGGACGAUGUUGGG